AUGCAAACGCAGCUCAUCCUUGAAGAGGACGUCAUUGACCUCGCGUCCACGGACGGAGAGACAGAGUCGGUAUAUACUGAGACGGAGUCGGAUAGGGGCUUCAUCGCAUCAGAUGACGAUUUUCCGGAAAUAGCGGACGACCAGACGUGGCAACCGUCGGAUGUAGAUGACCGAAUCUCGACCACUUCCGACGAGGAUGACAUCGCCAAUCUAAAAAGUAUGGAAAGAGACGGUCAUAUCACUGUACUCGAUGAGCGCGAUUAUAUCAUGGUAGAUGGGCAGAAAGAGACGCAGCUUUUGAUCCGAUUCUGGGUCAAAGACAGCAUUGUGGGAGACAUCUUUAACAUCAUCAACUCUUCUGGCAGAGCCACCUAG